AUGCAUCUUAUGGAAGAGCCUGAAAACUGGGUUGACCGUUUCCUGAAGUCAAAAAUCGGUCGAUAUUUCGUGAGAGUUGAUCAGGACUACAUUAAAGAUCAAUUUAAUACCUUUGGAUUGAAAAACGAACGAGCAAUUGAUAAUUUCAAAGCCGCUUAUGAUAUGGUUCAGGGAAGAAUUAAACCAUCCACUUCAGAUGAUCAACGCAGCCCCGAAUAUGAGCGUUCUGCUUAUUAUCUUUAUGGAUUAAUUCAUAGAAGAUUCAUUCAAACUCAACAAGGAUGCAAGGAAUUAUACGAAAAGUAUGAGAAAGGCGAAUAUGGAAAAUGCCCACUCAUAUCUUGCCAUGGAACUUAUUGUUUACCUUAUGGAACUUCAGAACAUCCAAAAGAACGCGGAUUAUGCAUCUAUUGUCCUAACUGCCAUGAGGUUUAUAAUGCCGAGGAUGUACUUGAUAGUAUUGAUGGCGCAUUUUUCGGUCAAAGUUAUUUGAUGAUAUUCUUCCAUUUUUAUAGCAACAAGCUUAAAAUUAAUACACCAAUUCCAAUUGAACUUAGACUAUUCGGAUUUAAGAUAGAAGACCCGCAACUUACUGAAGAUGAAACAGAAGAAGAGGAAUAA